GAUCACGGCAAUGUGGCAAUUUUUAGUGAUUCAGUUGAUUUUUCUUCUAACUUUGCAAGCUCAUUCGACGACGCCGCAGGACGAAAAGCUGGUGCAUGCAUUUUUGCGCGGCAUGUCCAAUAUGCUGGGUGUCGGAGACCAACUGUCGCCGCUGCAGCCGAUCGACAAGGAAGUGAUAUUCAACUGCACCAGUAACCGAUCGGACGACUUCUUUCAGCCGGUGCUGCUGGACGAUCCCGACCUAUUACAAAAGUUGGACCUUCAAAAACCGAUUGCUUUCAUCAUUCAUGGUUGGAACAGCUCAUCCAGUGAACCACAUUUCCAGGAUAUGGCCCACAAUUACAGCCGGUUCGUGAACUGUAACAUCUGUUUGGUGGAUUGGACCAAUCUGUCUCGCUAUGAAUACGAUGUUGUCAUUCUGCAAAGCCUGCAAAUGGUAGUUGCAUAUUUCACAAGGUUUUUGCGAUUCUUAAACACCAACGGAAUAAGUUAUGCAAAUGUGACGCUUGUUGGACACAGUUUGGGGGCACAGAUCAGCGGUUUGGUGGGGAAGAGCCUGAACGGAGCUAUUGGGCAGAUUUUCGCGCUUGAUCCAGCCGCUUUGCUUUUCACAACGCCUAAGGAUGUGGGAGUAAACAACCGGCUCGUUCCGACUGAUGCACAGUACGUGCAGGCCAUUUUCACCUCCAAAGGAGAACUGUCCAUGGAAAUCGGUGCCGGGCAUCAAAACUUCUGGAUGAACGACGACGGCAAACAUCCGCAGCCUGGAUGCAAAAGUUUGGCAAAGAAUAAAGGCUUGCUCGAGCGGUUCUUCGAGCGACUGGUUUGCAGUCACAUGAUGGCGGCGGUCUACUUUACGGCAGCACUUGACCCAGCAGUGAAUUAUACUAUGAAGCGGUGUUUCGCAUACGGGAUGUACCAAAUCGGGUUGUGUUUCGGCAAAAAGGACGUUGUUGGGAUCCAUGCAAAACGAUUUUUGGGCGAUUUUUACGGCAGUGUUGAUCUGGUUUUUCCAUAUGGUUCAUAAAGCUAUUAAAUGAUAGACAACAUAAAGUGAAAACAUUGACACCACGAACGGAAAAAAGUUAGUAUUUGUA